UCCAAAACUUUUCCUUGCUAAUUACCAAGCUGAUCAAUUACUCAAGAGAAAGAAAUUAGAAAGGAAAAGACAAGCUCAAAGACAUGAAGGGUUUUGUUUGUUGUGUUUCUGUUGUACUUGUCAUUGUUAUCCUUCUUGUUCCAGAAGUUAUGUCCGCGAGGCACAAUGGCGGGUCACGCUCACGUCGUGGAGGCCAUGGCCAUGCACAUUCCAGUACAGAGCCUAAACCAAAAGAUGGGAUGAAUAUGGCAAAACCGGAUUUCUAUAAGGAAAGGAAAUCGCUUAAGAGAAAUGGACACGAUACAGUCCAAAUUGCAGGGUCAAGCUUGCCCGACUGCUCUCACGCAUGUGGCUCCUGCUCGCCAUGUCGGCUAGUCAUGGUGAGCUUCGUUUGUGCAUCUCUUGCAGAGGCCGAAACAUGCCCCAUGGCUUACAAAUGUAUGUGUAAUAACAAGUCUUAUCCUGUUCCUUGAAGCUAGUCAGCUAGCUCAGAGGUCAUAAGAUUUCAUGCAUCUCCUAUUUUGAUCAGCUACUUUUUCCAGAAUAUUAAUUGUAACAAUAUUGUAGUCCUCGAUCAUCCUCUCUUUCAUCUUGUCUUUUUCCUUUCUACCAUUUUUUUUUUCAUCCCUUUAUAGAGGGCCUC